GGACCACUUAACUGGUAAGGGAUGUAUUACAGAAUGAUACAGCAGUCUUUCAUUGAUAUGGAGAACAUGUUUGAACUGUUGGAUGAAAGUCAAGAGAUUAGAGAUAUCCCUGAUGCUAAGAAUAUUGCUGUUACCAAUGGUAAAAUAGAAUUCAGAAAUGUCAACUUCCAUUAUGAAGAAAGUAAAAAGAUUCUUAAGGAUGUUUCCUUUGUGGUUCCAGCCGGACAGACUUUUGCACUGGUGGGUCACUCGGGUAGUGGGAAGAGCACCAUUAUCAGGCUCCUGUUCCGGUUCUAUGAUGUUGUGUCAGGGAGGAUUCUUAUAGAUGGACAGGACAUUUCAUUGGUCAAGCAAGAAUCUCUCCGACAGCAAAUUGGUGUUGUGCCCCAGGAUACUGUGUUGUUUAACGCUGAUAUCCGCUAUAACAUCCGAUAUGGAAAUGUGGAUGCGGAUGUCAAGCAGGUGGAGGAAGCGGCAGAUAACGCGGAUAUACACGAGAGAAUUCUGUCUUUUCCUGAUGGCUACAACACAGUGGUGGGGGAACGAGGACUGAAACUGAGUGGGGGAGAGAAACAGAGGGUGGCCAUAGCCAGGACUAUACUGAAGAACCCUCAGAUUGUACUGUUAGAUGAGGCAACCUCCGCGUUGGACACUAAGACUGAACGUAACAUACAGACCUCUCUAGAGAGAGUGUGUGAGAACAGAACUACCAUCAUAGUGGCCCACCGACUCUCUACCAUCAUACACGCUCAUCAGAUACUGGUGAUGAAAGAGGGCGUCAUUGUAGAAAGGGGAACUCAUGACCAACUUCUACAAGUGAAUGGUUUCUAUGCGGACAUGUGGCAUCAACAGCUCACGAAGAAAGAGGAAGCCGGCAAUGAUAAACACAAUGGAACAGAGGACGCAGGAAGUAUAAAUAAUGACGCUGACGCCUCCUAAUCCAGGAGUG